AUGUCAAGUAUUUCUAAUCAUGGUAAUAAAGAAUUAAAAUAAAUUACUUGGUCACUCAUUUCUUCUAAUGCAUAUACGGCGGAUGAAAUAGCUUAAAUAAAUACGUAAAUCUAAUAAUAAAAUAACUAAUUAUUUUUAUAAUUAUAGCCUUUAUAAUUGAAAAAACAAGGAUAAUACUAGUUCUAAGUAGAUGUAAUUUCCUAUUUUAACCAAAUAGGUACUGCCAAUAUAAUAAUCUAAACCUUACCAGAUACAUCAAUUUAUAUAAGAGUAAAAACAAAUCCAAAUUAAAUAUAAAGAAGCAAUUUAGUGAAUAUAAAUGUUUAUUUCAAUCUUUAUUAAUGUCAAGAUGAUGGAGAAACAUCUUAUAAAUAAACAGAUGCAUAUCAAGUAUAAAUCAAAUAAAAAGACAAUUUAACUGAAUAAUUAAACAUUAAUUCCACAUAAAUACUUUAAGAAAAAUAAUUUUAAUUUUAAAUUUAGCCUUUUAUUAUGAAAGUAAACACAACAUAUAAUAUAUAAAUUACUGUUUCUUUAAAAUCUAAUCCUACUAUUACCGAAUAAAUAGUAUUCCCAAUAUAGGUUCUUUCUGAUGUUCAUUCGGUUUAAAUUUUAGGAGGAAAUAGAUAAUAAUAAUUUUCUUAAAGUUUUAAUCUCGAAGGAAAAGUAGAUGAUCCUAAUUUAUCCCCUAAUGAAAAAAUUUCAUUAAAAGAAACUAAUUAUGGAAUAAAUUUAAAAUGGUAAUGCAUAAAUCUAAUUAUUGGUGAUGAUUGUAGAGAUUCAUAAAAUAAUUUAAUUAUUUCUAAUGUAACAUAAAAUCUAUAAAUUACCAUAUAAUAAAAAAUGUUAGAACCUUUUUAAUAAUAUUAAUUUAUACUUUCAGGAACAAAAGAUGGAAUAACUAUUUUUGAUUAAAUUAUAAUAUCUAUAAUUGAUUAUGAGGUACCUUUUGUUUAAUCUAAUAUUUCUAUCAACAACUCUUAAAAUAGAAUCAAUUUAAAUUAAGAAAUAUUUAUUUAGUUUGAUUUUGAAUAGGUUAUUAAUAUUGAUAACUUAAUAAUUACAGGAUUUAUUUUUUAUUAAAAUUAUAAAAAGAAUAUAAUAAUAUUAGGUUAAAAUUAAUUUAUAUUAUAAGUCUGGGAAUUAUUUUUUGACUUUUUAGAUGAAAAAUAAAAUCAAUUUGAAUUAAAAUUUUCAAUUAGAAACAUAAAUUAUGUAGUACCUACAUUAAUAUCUUAUACUUUAUAUGCUAAUAUACCUCCUUAAUAGUGUAUUUUUGAUUAAACUACAGAUUAUAAAGUUAGAAAUCUUUAAGACAAAAUAACUCUUUAAAUAAAUGAUGUAUUGAUACCGAUUAACCUCUAUCUUAUUCUUUCUAUUUUUAUAAAAAUUAAGAAUAAUAUGAUAAUGAAAUAUUGA